UCAGAUAGAAGAGGGGAGUGACAAAAGGCUUUGUCUUUUCUGAGCCAUCCGUUCCAGCCAUAAAGGCCAGAGCAGGUGGCCCUGGAUCUCUUCGUCCUGUGUUUUCCGUGGUGAGAGGAGUGCUGGGUGACUGGGCUUCAGUGCUGGAUUACCUCUGAGGAAUUUAAAGGAAUUCUGACAAGGAAACCCCAAACCAAGGACAACCAUGGAUGAUGUAUAUAAAGCAGCGGUAGAGAACUUAACAGAAGAACAGAAAAAUGAGUUCCGCGCUGCGUUUGACAUCUUCGUACAGGACGCCGAGGAUGGCUGCAUCAGCACUAAGGAGUUGGGGAAGGUGAUGAGGAUGUUGGGCCAGAACCCCACCCAAGAAGAGUUGCAGGAAAUGGUGGAUGAAGUAGAUGAGGAUGGAAGCGGGACAGUGGACUUUGAUGAGUUCUUGGUGAUGAUGGUGCGCUGUAUGAAAGAGGAGAGCAAAGGAAAAUCAGAAGAAGAGCUCGCUGAAGUCUUCCGCAUGUUUGAUAAGAACGGAGAUGGCUAUAUUGAUUUAGACGAGCUGAAGAACAUGCUGGAGUCGACAGGUGAGGCCAUCACCGAGGACGACAUCGAGGAACUCAUGAAGGAUGGAGACAAAAAUAAUGACGGAAAGAUCGAUUACGACGAGUUUUUGGACUUCAUGAAGGGUGUCGAGUAAAAUCCUGCCCGACUCAUGCAAAGGACAGAAAAAAGAAAUCAAGUUCAUUCCUGACGUCACAAUCAGCGCAUGGACAAAUUAAGCAUUUUCACACGUACAGAUGCAUGGGAAUCGUGUCUACAUUUCAUAUUCUGGAAUGUGUUGGCAUUAAUAGUCAAAGGCGUCAUGUCUCACUGUCCAUAAUAGUAAUAUUAUUUGUACUCAAUUUAAAAGUUUCUUGUUUAAUAUUUAAUGCACACAUCUACUUUCAAGGUUUAAAAUGACUGAUUUAAAACAAAACAAAAUAAAUAAAACUAGUCUACUAGAAAAUAAGUAAACAGACAGAUAA